GGCAGACAAAUCUCGCGCAAAAUCAACAGGAAGGGGGAAACAAUGCACCCAGCGAAGGAAAUCAGGACCCACCCCCAAUCACAAACCCGCAUGGCGGUCAAAAUUCUUCGGGAGGAGACAAUUCUAGCGGGCAUCACGGCACGAACGGGCAGAACAAAGUUGUUCCGUGGUUCAUGACAAGCUUCGAAGCGAACAAAGUGAUCCAUCCCGACCUUCCAAGGGAAUCACAGUGGCGGUGGAUGCUGGAAGCCCUUUUAUUAGGCGAUCGCGCGGCUGGCAGUGCUAGGGCUGGUAGAAAUUUUGGCUCGCCGAACGCCACGGCCGACGCACUGGUCGCGCUUUAUCUCCAGGCUGGAAAUACGCCCGCGUCUCCUGGCGGUCGUACAGGAAGUAGAUCUUCACCAACAAAGGCCGCUGCUGCUGUAUUGCGUAAUCGAAAAGGGGGGGACCACUGGGACAGCAUUCCGGCAACAACAUCUUCGGAGCGCCGGAACUUGCAGAUGAACAUGAUCAGCCGACCUGCGCAGCUCUUUUUCAUGAGCCGGCAAGCAGCAGCUGCGGGUGCGGUUGCGGCUGCGGCCCCCACCUCCACUUCCAGUGGAAACGAGGAAUACCUGCGCACCGAGGUUCUGCCGCAUCCGGAGAAAGUGCAGCAGUUGGUGCUGCAAAUCUACGCCGACAUCUACCGCAGGGACGAGAACACUGCGAGCUCCUCUUAUCCUCUGAAGGAGCGGUGCCUAGAGGAGCUGAAACAUCACGACUACACGGCUGACGAAAACAACCCAAACGAAGCCACGCUCCUGAUUCCGGCGUUGCUUCCAAGUGGAGAUGACAAUCUUUUCAUGCUUCCGGACGACAGUUUUACGGCGCGCAAAAAAUUCGUCGAAGAUUUUCUCACCGUUUCUCGCAACGAAAACGGCAAUUCCUCCUCUACCUCGACAUCAUCUUCUACAGGGCAAGGAAACAACCCGGGGCGGCCUAGUCCUGACCCCCGACAGAGGAGAUUGCAGUUGGCGCGGGAAAGCUACAGUCACAUGGAGGCCGUCGUGCGGAAACUGCAUGCUGUCGGCGAUCGGCACCCGGGGCAGCCGAAUAGUGCGAACAGUGUUGCCCUCGUCCUAAAGUCUUUUUUCUACUACUUCGGCUGCCCCGGCAAUCUCAGCAAGAGCAGCGUCGUAGUGGCGCCAGACGAGGAAAACGGAACGCCACGGAUGAAAACGGUGUAUGACCAAGAAGCAGACAAAAGGAGGAAGGUCUUCCGGCAGGACUUCCACCUCCAAGAGAGCCAGAUUCACUCCGUUGAUGAUUUUUUGCAGAAAUACAACCAGAAAGUGGAAAACCUGCAGCACGGAGGUGACGAUGGCGGCACGACAAACCUCGGGCAGUUGUCGCCUGCAGCAGCAGGAGGCCCGACGGCGAAUGCUGGAACGAACGGAGGAGGACCUCCGGCACCGACACCGCCCAACCAUGUCGGGGCAAGUUACAGCGGCAGCAGUAGCACAGUACAAGGAAAUCCUGCAUUGCAGCCCCAGCCACCAACACCAUCUGUGCCUCCACAAACGGGGCCCCAGGCCGGAAGCGCCGGAGGUGGUGCUACGUCCACACAACACCCAGAGGCAGUGCCAAACACUGCGACGGGCACAUCAAACCUACUUCACCAGCAAACCAGUACCGGACCUGGUGGCCCAACGCAAGUCGUGACGCCACCAACUACUAGCUCAGGUUCAACAGCUUCAACCGUGGUAGCGCAAGAACCAGCACCGGCAAACGAGAAUGCGGCAACCACCUCCGCUCCGCCUGUUGUAACUGGGCCGCCAGCUGCACAACUACCGCCGCCAAGUGCUACUACUUUCUCUACUCCACCGCCCGAUUUUCCCCCUCCUUCCGCGGGUCCAACUCCCCCGCCGAACGACUACUCUGCUGCUACGCCAACCUCUGGUCCUCCACCGCAGCCUAUUCCACCGCAGCCUCUGACCAAUUCGGCGCAAGCAUCGCAGCCUGGUGCGCAACACGUGAACGCUGAAAUUAUCA